CAGGAGGCUUUUCCGACUAUAAAUUACGAAAAGAGAGUCGAUUGGUUUCCGAAGAUCAAGCAAAACAAAACGUGACCAUGGGAAAGUUUUCGGGGUUGUUUUGCAAACGAUUUAUCUCGUUAUUAAAGUCUGAAUCUAACCUUAAAGUAGGGCAAUAUUACUGUAAUAGACAUUGCUUUACAAAGAAGACUUUCAAGGUGGGAGAAAAGGCACAAAUUUUACGAGUUUUCAAACAGAGUGAUGUGAACACGUUUGCAGAGCUGACAGGAGACAGGAAUCCCAUCCACACAGACAACGAGUUUGCAGGGAAUGGACGGUUUGCAGGUUGUGUUGUUCAUGGAGUGCUAGUAAAUGGUCUCAUUUCCUGUCUGCAUGGUACUAUAUUGCCUGGUGCAGGAUGUCUUGUGGUAUCUCAAAACAUCAAGUUCAUAUCACCCUUGUUUGUAGGAGAAACAGUCAGUGCAGAAGUAGAGGUGUUAAGUUACAGACAUUAUGUUAUGGUUUGCAGUGCAGUUUGCAAAGCUGUUAAUAGAAAUGAGGUCAUCCUCAUUGGAGAAACAAAACUUCUUCUUCCUAAAACAUAAAAAAACUAUAAAUGUUAGUGUCGACGGACUGUUGUGAAAUAAUUUACUCUUAGCCUAUGACAAUGGUUCAAAUGCGCGAAAACGUGUUUUUGCAUUAUUUAUAAGUCUCUUGAGGAAACCYGAACAAAGCCGGGCAAAAGCCCUUUAAACGAUCAGUAUGGACAUAGUAGAGGAAGUCUCCCUCUACUAACUAUGUUAUGGACGCUUAGAAACCACCAAGAAGAGACUAUUGGUGUACGACUUCUUCCCAUCCAAAGCGAGAAAACCGCUGCUUUAGUUGAUUGUAAUUUGUACCACGUGCAGUAACUGGAAACCAGAAGAAGUUACUCCUACCUUGUAUUUGCAGUUACUUCUUCCUUGUCUCCAGUUACUUCUACCAAACGACUACUA